CACUGUAGAUGACGUUUAUUAUAAUUGUUAUAUUUAAAAAUUUUAAUAUUCAUGUAAAAUGCUGUAACUAAUUGAUAACGCAUGAUUUUCACUCAUGGAUUAUUACAUAUUUUUGUGAAUAUUUCAUAUUGUAUAAAUACAAUUUUUAUACCGGUACAUGGAAAUGUUUUAUCCCUUGAUUUCUAAUAAAAAUGGCGACUAAUAAACAGGAGAAUCAACAAAAAAGGAAAUUACAUAAAAGUGAAAAUGAUUCAGAUGAAGAUAGUGGAAAAAAUGUUAAAUAUUCGAAAACAAACUCUGAAGCACCACGAAUGUGUCCUUAUUUGGACACAAUAAACCGCCAAUUUUUAGAUUUUGAUUUUGAAAAGUUGUGUUCAGUAUCAUUAUCAAGAAUUAACGUAUAUGCUUGCCUGGUAUGUGGAAAGUAUUUCCAAGGUAGAGGUACUAAUACUCAUGCAUAUACGCAUAGUGUGGCAGAAAGUCAUCAUGUAUUUCUUAAUUUACACACUUUAAAAUUCUAUUGCUUACCAGAUAAUUAUGAAAUAAUUGAUUCGUCAUUAGAUGACAUAAAAUAUGUUUUAAAUCCAACAUUUGAUAAAUCUCAGAUCUCUCAGUUGGAUAAAAGCGAUAAAUUAUCAAGAGCUAUAGAUGGUUCAUUAUAUUCUCCGGGUAUUGUGGGGAUGAAUAACAUUAAAGCCAAUGACUACUGCAAUGUAAUUUUACAAGCACUUUCUCAUGUAACACCUUUAAGAGACUUCUUCUUAAGAGAGUCUAAUUAUUCUCAUGUAAAAAGACCACCAGGUGAUUCCUCCUACCUUUUAGUUCAACGAUUUGGAGAAUUAAUGAGAAAAUUAUGGAACCCGCGUAACUUUAAGGCUCAUGUCAGUCCACAUGAAAUGCUACAAGCUGUGGUCUUAUGGAGUAAAAAAAGAUUUCAGUUUACAGAACAGGGUGAUCCAAUUGAUUUUCUGUCAUGGUUUCUAAAUGCUCUUCAUUUAGCAUUAAAUGGUACAAAAAAACGUGAUUCCAGUAUAGUGUACAAAACAUUUUUGGGUCAUAUGCGCAUAUAUACGCGAAAAAUACCACCCCUUGAAUUAGAUGAGAGCCAGAGAAGUGAAUUGCUCCAUACUGUAGAAUAUGGUGAAACAGUAACUGAGAGUCCAUUUUUGUAUUUAACAUGUGAUCUACCCCCACCUCCUCUUUUUAAGGAUCAAUUUACUGAAAAUAUUAUUCCCCAAGUUAAUUUAUAUACACUCUUAAAUAAAUUCAAUGCAGUCACUGAGAAAGAAUAUAAAACCUACAAGGAAAAUUUUAUGAAAAGAUUUGAAAUUACAGAGCUUCCUCCUUACCUUAUACUUUACAUAAAAAGGUUUACCAAAAAUACAUUCUUUGUAGAAAAAAAUCCCACUAUAGUUAAUUUCCCAGUCAAAAAUGUAGACUUUGGAGAUAUUUUAACACCUGAAGUAAAACAAAGGCAUCCUUGUACAACAUACGAUUUAGUAGCAAAUGUUGUUCACGAUGGUGAGCCUGGUCAAGGAACAUACAGGGUUCACAUUUUACACAGAGCUACUGGUCAGUGGUAUGAGUUACAAGACUUGCAUGUAACUCAAAUUCUGCCUCAAAUGAUAACAUUAACUGAAGCGUACAUCCAGAUAUAUGAAUUAAAAAAAGAUGUAACUACCGAGAAUGGCGACAGUAAAAAUAAUAAAGCAACAUAAUAGUAU